AUGAUGAUUCUGUUCUUGGUCGACCCUGCUGUCCAUAGACCGUCUACGAGUACGGUACCGCCUCAACAGGCAGAAUGGCGCGCUUCGGGCAUCAACGCUAAUCCGGUUCUCAGAGCGGCGUUUGACAAGUUGCCGCCUGAAAUUAUUGAUCAUAUCAACUCGAUGGUUGAAGGUGGUAUGACUCGCGAGGAAGCUGAUGAUUAUAGACUAAAGUUGAUAGAUGAACACACAGCGUUUGUGGAGAAGAAUGAGCGGGAGUUUUUCAUGGCUAGUUUUGAUUUUGACGAUAUUCUCGACUCGAAGCAUACGUCACAUCGAGCAAGACACGUGCAUUCCACGCGCGUUUCCAGUAAACCUAAACGCGGGUUCGCUUUGCCAUAUCAUGACGCUGAUGAGGAAGCCGAUUGGAGACGUGGAGUUGUCAAGACGCUAGGGGAGGUGCACGAGAAUGUGAUGGAUGGGAUCGUUGAAGUUGAAAUACGCGACUCGGAAUUAUCGGAUAUGAGUGUCUGUGUCUCGGACACGAUCAGGGAUUUCCAUUGGCGCUGGGACGUGAUGUCCGUUCGUAAAAUGGCUGCGAGCAUCCUGUCUGCCCAGCUUUUUAUGCCUCUUGUAACGAUCGCCGCGGUUACAUCCAGCUUGGGUGUCGCGGCCGAAGACGCGUCGGAUGAAGCGUUACGAACUCUUGCCGAACGAAAAGCAUCCACAGCCAAGGCUAUGCCUGUUCACCAUACGAGAGGGUUCUUCUCGCGACCCGCGAUCCAAACCUUGUUGAAAUGCAUCGCACAGGUUGAUGGAUCUUCCAGUACAUCUCCUAUUAAAUCGAAAAAUACAAGAAACCCCUCAUUGAUGUCUAUAGACAUGGCUGAAGCAUCGGCAGACGGCACCAACAAAAUUCCUGGGUCCGCCUCCGUCUUAGCGCGCACGUCAAGUAGCAGCCCAAGAUUGCAUGGCGGAGGAGGGCAUUCACGGAAAGGCAAAGGCCGCGACAGCAGCACGGAAGAUGAGGACGAAGUCAUUGCUCGUAAAAUCCCUCGGGGUACGACCCCUCGUCGCUCCAGCGUGCGCCCCAUAGAUCCCGAACCAGCGGGUACCCCAGUCUCCAAACCUCGUCCAAUUACGGCAGAUCCUGACUCGACCGCAACCGAACUCGAAACUACGCGAGAUUGGACAAAGAGUGUGAUAAAUACGACAUUCAACGAAGACGAAAUUGCCGAGCCACCUUUAUCCCAGUCAUCUAAGCCUGCGCCUGAAAGUCCCAGGCCCACGGAUCGGUCUUCCCCCCGGAAAAUUGAAAAUAUAAGGUCUGCACGUGUACUGGCCCCAGUCCGUACACCAGCCCGAGCUGUGGCAGCAAAUAAAACAGACGUGUUCGGCACCCAAACUCAGACUCAGGCAAGCUCGGAUGACUCUGAUCGCGAGGCCGAGCUUGAAAGGCGCAUAAGAGCGGCCGGAGCGAUUGGAACUGCGGCGGUACGGACACCAGCGGGUGGAGGUCUUGGAUCAAGGAUGGUUCGGAAGAAAUUUUAA